GGCUGCUGGGUGAACGGCGUGCGGCGCCUCAUCAUCGACCGGCGCGGCGCCGAGGAGGACUUCUACGAGAUCCGCACGGAGUGGUCGGACCGCAGCGUGCUCUACCUGCACCGCAGCCUCGCCGACCUGCGCCGCCUGCUCCGCCGCCUGCUCGACUCCUUCCCCGAGGACCGGCCCGAGCUCCAGCGGGCGCCGCUGCUGCAAGGACUUAUCACAAUAAAAGAGUCCCAUGAGAUAGAAGCCAGGCUUAAUGAAGUGGAGAAGCUUCUGAAGACUAUUAUAAAUAUGCCAUGGAAAUAUUCUAGAUCAGAAGUCGUCCUUACCUUCUUUGAAAGAUCUCCUUUAGAUCAAGUGUUGAAAAAUGACAGUGUCCAUAAAAUUCAACCAAGCUUUCAAAGUCCAGUUAAAAUAUCAGAAAUAAUGCGAUCUAACGGCUUUUGUUUAGCUAAUACUGAAACAAUCGUUAUUGAUCACAGUAUACCAAAUGGGAAAGACAAGCACCUGGAUACAGAUGCAGCAGAACACUUGUUUGAAAAUGUCAGCGAGUUUACUUCAGAGCUGGAAGACAGUGAUGACCCAGCAGCCUAUGUCACCAAUUUGACAUACUAUCAUCUGGUUCCAUUUGAGACCGAUAUUUUGGACUGAGGCAGUCCAGAGACCCAGUCAGCUAACAUGCAGCCGACUUCUGUCCUAGGCUCUCAUGUCCCCAUUGCAUUGCAUUGCACUUCCAUGAACAGAGCCUUGUAAUUCAGAUCACCAGCAGCGGAGUGGCUGUGAAUAUUCUAUGAGACUGAUGCUCUUCCGCAGUGACUCAAGAAGGUAUCUCGUAAGGAGCUAACUGCUUCACUGCUAAUGAUCAACUCCUUUUCUGUGAAAGGAAUAGAUCAUAGAACUACCUGGAUUCAAGGAAAUCUUUGUGCCAGUGUCCAGGGCAACCUCAGACAGAACCAUUAGGCAUCUUGCUCUAGUUUGGCCCCAGGGAUCACUGAUACCGUGCAACUUGUGGUAAUGUCUAUCUUUAUUAGCUGCUUUCUAUUAUAAGGCACCACCAAAAGUUGUUUGCACAUGUUCUGAGUGCACCUCUACCCAGUAUUUAUGAGAAGACAGACCAACUCCCAAACCAGCCAGAUUCUAGGGGUGGUCACUUAAACCAGGUCUCAUAGGUUGCUAUUUGUUCAAUUAUAGGAUAACUGGUGCCUUCAGUAUAAUGUCACAUAUACCAUUGAGUGCCUGCAGGAAAUACACACAGUCUGAUUACUUUAAUCCUUGGGUUUUGUCUUAUCACCGGAGAGCUAACUUCUCAUUCUGGAAAUAAUGUAGCAGAUGGGUUGGUGGCAUUGGAAUGGAAAGUACACAGUAAUUUGGUACCCUGAAUGACUUCAGAGUUUUGGAAAGCUAAGCUAUCAUCCUACAAACGGUCGAUAUGCAUGUUAGACUUUUGGAUAUGAUUUUUCUCUUGAACCAGGAAAUGUGAACAGUGCUUACAGUUGUGUAUGCCAGAGAGAUCAUGACCUUCGGGUAUUACUUUUCAUAGAAUGGGAGGAGAUAAAUGAGAUGUUGAGAUUUGAAGGUCUGUUUGACCUGAGAAUUAAAGAUAAGCAAAGAAAAUAGGAAAAAUGAAGAAAUAUAUAGCCCACUGACGCUCACCUACUAAGCAAGAUUCUAAUCUUGCUUUAAACUGGCUUCAUACUGGUGCUAUCCCAUUGAAACCAAUGGAUUUACACCAGUUAAGAGUUAGCAGAAUCAGACUCCAUAGCCCCUUAACUGCCAAGUAGUGCAGUGUGAACUUCUCUUUGGGUUUCAUCUUGUUGCAUACUCAGAAAUCCCAAACUGAGCCAAGAGGACUCCACAACCUGCAUGAAGGGGCAUUGACCUCUCAUCAGACAUUUGGGCACAUAAUUACCAGCAUGAAUUUAAAGGGAUAUGAACUGCGAAGAAUGCAUUUUGAGCUAGUUAUCUCUACAGUGACUUUGGCUUGAUCCUGAAGAACUUGGUACAGCCCCUCUCCUUUUGCAGACUCUCUAGGGCUACAUGUAUAAUAACAGUAGAACAGAAUUUGCUAUUGUAAAUAAUAAAUUAUUGAGAAUCCUAAUUCUUUUACACAAUAUGUUUUAAAAAUAUAUUUUAAAAAAUAAAAUGUUACUCACAUGAAGUAUGCUAUUUGCAGUUUAA